GGGGAAAAACCGAGUUCAAGUGCGGUGUGCAGAAAUUACAUGUUUAACAGCUCAGAUAAAUGCUGUAUAGCACUUAUGGCAUGCCUGAAGCGACUGUAUUUUCCCUAGAUAUCCUAGCGUUACAAAACAAAGUUCUGAGUUGUAUAAACGCUGACAUAUUUAAACAUAAACAGAUCGGUUAUUACAGCCAAACAUAAGAUGCUGUCUGCAAUAUAUCCAUUACUGAUAAAACAAUUACGAUAUGCAUAGUCUUUUCAAACAAAAAUAGCUGUGAAUAACUAAAAAACAGUGAUGUUAAAACUUGUGUUAUAUAGCUUGCGGCAGUAGCCUUGCACUGUCAAGUACACCCCGUCGCGGCAGUCACAGCUAAGUUGCGGGAGAACAGUAGGAGUCACUUUCAAGUUAUCCAACUGGGUGUAAAAGUGUUAAACGACGAUUUAUUUAUUGGUUUGUUUGUGCACGCCAGGUAAGUGCAGAAGACAGGAAGAUGCUUAUCUCGAGACAAGCCAUUUCCCAAAAGAAGCCCAGCGCGUGCUUGCUUUUGGAAUAGCUAAAGGUUUUAUUACCGGGGCGAGCCAAGUAGUGCAGCAAGGAUCAGCUCCGUGUCACUGGAAGGGUAAACCCAGCUCGAUAUUUUGUUGGAUUAAAACUAUUCUGUGAAACGUCUUUGACGCAGGAGAAAUGGCAAAUUUUAAGUACGUCAUUAAUAUGGCGCCAAAAGAUUUUUAAGUAUAAGCUUAUUUUUUUAAAGGGUUGCAGUACACUGUAUACGCCUGUGCAUAGCUGAAGAACGAAAAAAAGUGUUUUGUAAGGGAGCUCCGCGAUACUGACCUGUGCCGACUUAUGUUGCGAUUUGAUCCUUUACCAUUGGAAAAAGAUCUGCAGUUGGGUUCUGGAUGCUAAAAAAUAAUUCUUGGAGGUGUUUCCUACCUGGAUGUUUUUUUGAAAAAGAAACUGAAUGGGCUGGAGUUAAAGAGGGAGCUUCUCUGCAAAGUAUACGAGUGACGGAGGAUUGCUAUAGCGGCCAUCUCCAAUGGAAGGGAAUUUACCCUGUGCACGAGCGCUAGUAGCUUUUACAUAAUAUAAAUGGUCUGGAGUUACUUUCUAGCUACUCUUCAAUGAGCUUCCGAAGUGUCAUCCUUUGGAUUUUGUUGAGCAAUGAUGCACUGGAUUGAUCUGCUGGGUUCUUGAUGUCACUCUGAUUUAUGCAUUAGCAUCCUCCAGAUUCCGGGGACAGUGCAACUCUGAGCAACAUUCCGCAGCAAGAUGGAGGAGAAGCGGAGAAAAUAUUCGACCAGCAGUGAUGACUCAGACACCACUGACAGCCAUGUAACUUCGUGGUCAAAAAGUUCCAAAACAGUGACUACAAAGAACAACUGGGCAAGACAGAAGGAGAAGAAGCCCUCUGAGGUUUUUCGUACAGAUCUCAUAACUGCAAUGAAAGUCCCAGAUUCUUGCCAGCUCAAUCAGGAUGACUACUAUAUCUUGGCAGAUCCAUGGCGGCAAGAAUGGGAGAAGGGGGUGCAGGUACCAGCCAAUGUAGAAGCAAUUCCCGAAGCUUCAGUUAGGAUUCUGGGAAAUUCUGAAGAUUAUUUGCAAGAGUCCCACCAUGAAUGCACACAGUUUAGCCGAGCCCGAAUAAGACCAUCUGAGGAAAUCAGCCGAUAUGACCUGAAUGAGAUCGAUGUUUGUUGGUUAGAGCUUGUCAACACGGAAUUCCAUGAAAUGGGUUUACCGGAGCUGGAUGAGAACACCAUGGAGAGAGUCAUUGAGGCGUUUGAGAGGAACUGUUUUGAGAAUAUGAACCUCGCCAUUGAGACAGAGGAGGGUCUCGGAAUUGAAUAUGAUGAGGAUGUUGUAUGCGAUGUUUGUCGUUCCCCAGAAGGAGAAGAUGGAAAUGAAAUGGUUUUCUGUGAUAAGUGCAAUGUCUGUGUUCAUCAGGCUUGUUAUGGGAUCCUGAAAGUGCCAACAGGCAAUUGGUUAUGUCGUACUUGUGCACUGGGUGUCCAGCCAAAAUGUUUGCUUUGCCCUAAACGAGGAGGAGCUUUGAAACCCACACGAAGUGGAACCAAAUGGGUCCAUGUUAGUUGUGCCUUAUGGAUACCAGAGGUUAGCAUUGGCUGCCCUGAGAAGAUGGAGCCUAUUACAAAGAUUUCCCACAUCCCAGCAAGCCGAUGGGCCUUGUCCUGCAGCCUCUGCAGAGAGUGCACUGGCACUUGCAUUCAGUGUUCCAUGCCUUCAUGUAUCACAGCAUUCCAUGUCACAUGUGCAUUUGACAACAACCUGGAGAUGACAACACUGUUGACAGAUAAUGACGAAGUGAGAUUUAAGUCAUACUGUCUUGAGCAUAGCAGCAAGACAAAAUCAGAUGACUCCCGACCGCAGCCUGGGGGGUCAGUAACUGCAUCUGAGGCUGACCAAAGUAAACAGGACUUGGAAAAAAUCAGCUUGAGGAAGCAAAAGCUCCAGCAGCUAGAGGAGGACUUCUCUGAACUUGUAAAACCUGCAGAGGUGGCAGAAAGACUUGAUUUGCCCGAGCUGAUUGUUGAUUUCAUCUAUCAGUACUGGAAGCUGAAGAGGAAGUCGAACUUCAACAAGCCUCUUCUCAGUUUUGACAUAGAUGAAGUGGACAACUUAGCUCAGCAAGAGCAGGACGUUCUCUACAGACGCUUAAAACUUUUCACACAUCUCCGGCAGGACCUGGAGAGGGUCAGAAAUCUUUGCUAUAUGGUGAUACGGCGAGAAAAAAUGAAACAGUCCAUCUGUAAUCUUCAGGAACAAAUUUUUCAUCUUCAACAAAAGCUCAUUGAGAACAAUCUUCAACAAGUAGACCAACCUGGAAGAAAAAUAAAGGCAAAGCAAAUGGAAACAAAGCGGAAACAAACAGACAGACAGAAAAGCAUUUCUGAGAAAAAAGAGAAAUUGAAGUCAGCAAACACAAACACAUCCUUACUUGGGCAGCUUGGUUUGCCUUCAUCAUUUCCAAUAGAUGGAACAGUGUUUAGCAGCUGGUUGGCACAGUCUGUCCAUAUUACUACUGAGGAAAUGAUGAGUCAGUGGCCUUUAAACAAUGGCCAUCAGGACGCUGCAGCUGCUUUACUUACCAAGGAGCUUUUGCAAGAUGAGACUUUUUUGCGCCUUAUAAUGGAGCAGUCCCUUAAUUCCUCAUUACAGCAAGCAGAAGAAACCAAGAAAUCUAAAAACAAAAUACGGAUGAGCAGUAGAAAAAGAACAUCUAAAAAUGGUAUAGGUGCAAUAUACAAGAGCAAUCCAGCAAACAUAAACCAAUGGACAAGUUUAAAAUGUGUUACAGACGAUGCAGUCAAAUGCAGUAAUCAUGACUGUAAAACAAACAGACAAGGGAGGGGUCUUGGCAAGUCUUCCCUUGUUCGUAAAAGGACCACUGAGGGUAAAAAGGCAGCUAAAAAGAUGCCCUCACAUCAGCAGCUUUCAAAAUCAAAAUUGUCUCACACAGCACUAGCAAUGGUUACUCCAGAAAAUCAUAGUGAGGAACGUAACUGUUUCCAGUCAAAACAGAACUCUUUAGAUAAAGUGCCUGGAUCAGCGGGUUGUCCAAAAACUGUUGUGAGGUUUAAAUUACCAGAUGAUGGUAAGGUUGGUCAGAUGUCACAUAUCAAGAAACGUGGCACAGUGGACAGACCACAUGUCAGUAAUGUGUCACAUUUUGUCGAGACUGAUGGCUACUUUUCUGAUGUGGAAAUUAGUGACUCUGACAUGGAAUCCAGUAAAGGGAGAACACAGUUAAGUUCGCUGGAUUCAGGAAAUGAAGAUAUUGUCAGGAUGGGAAUUCUGGCAUCCUAGGCUACCACUGUUUUAUAAACCAAUGACAGCAACAAGACCCAAAUCCAGAUUCAGCUGCCAUGUUUUUACUUUUUGCCUGUCAUCAUAGCUGAGUUUCUUUUUCUGAAAAUGUUAUGGAUUGGAUUAAGCACUAUUGUCUUUAUCUGCCCUUCUCUCUGAGACAGAUGUGUGGGUUAAGUAUGGGUGACGCUUCACAUUUACAGAUUUUCUGUGUUAUUGCACCUUUGUGCAUACCCAGCUGUUAACCUACAAGCAUGUGCAUUACAGAAGCUGUCUGCCUAGGAGCUAAUAAUGUGAUGUUUCACGUUCAUUUAUUUGUGUGUUACAUUUGUUUCUUUUUGUCACCAUCUGCUGUUUCUGCAAAAACUAGUUAAUGGGCAUUACUCAGUCUAAGUUCUUGUAUUGAAUCUAUAAGGACCUACAAAUGUGGACACAGCUACGGUUCUUGGAUGCAGUUUUACCUGUAAGUUAUAUAUAGUUAAGUGACAUUGAAACAGUAGAAUGAGCGGCAUUACAUUAAAAAAGCACAAUAGCUCAUAAAAGAAAGCACUUAUAGGCAUAAAAGCAAAUUUAUAUUUUUAAUUAAAUCUUAAGUUUUUGUUCGAUGUUCUGGGUUCACUUGCUUUACUGUAGGGCUUUGAAACUGUUUUGAGCAACAUAAGCAGUUUCCACACAGACAAACCUUUGACACGCCAAGUUUUUUGCAGAACUAAAACUUGUCAUUUUUUUUAGGUUAUUAGUCAGUAAGAUUAGUUUUUAAACUAUAGGUUUGCAGAUAUGGCUGUGACCUUGGUCAGCUUUAGUAAACUACCAUUUCCUUGUUAUAAAAUCCAGUUCUUCAUAUCUAAGUAACUCUAGCCUCUACUGUUAUACAUAGCAAAGAAAAGAAAACGCAAGAUGGGUAUGUAUAUACGUGCACAUAUGCACACUUGCAUGUGCACAAGCAUGCACACACACACAACACAACACAGACACGACAGAUGGACUCAGUGUGGAUGAGAGUGUAGGCAUGUGUUAAGGUUUUUCUGCCCCACAUGUGAGGGCAUUGUGACAAACAUAUCUUGUAUUGCCUGAAGCAGAAACAACAAAGACUGUUUGUUUUCCUGGCAGUUGGUAGAUCUUGCAGAGGGACUUGUGGUUUUUGUGGUACUGUAUAUGUUGACAGCCUUCCAGUUCAUAUCUGUUUCAUGAAACCUUUAGACUCUUUGAAUGGUUUUGGCAUUUUCCUCGUGAACAGCUCCUGUGGGAGUAAGCCACAUAUUUGAAGCAGUGUAACUGUAUUGACUUAAUACAUAUAGGCAUGAGUUUAAAUUAAGACCAGUCUGAGCUUUUCUCUUGCAAGCAUGAGUUGAAUCUGCGAAAGCUAAACUUACAUUCGAUCAGCUGCUUCAGUUUUAGAGGUAGGUCAGGUGUCACAGCAUACUGUAGCAUUUAACGAAGUAUUAGUCAAAAAGCAGAUGUCAGGCAUGUAACUUACUCAAGAAAAUCGCUUGCAGCAGGUCACAAGAAAUUGAAAUAUCCUUGCCACUGGUAUGACAUAGCAUCCAGUUUUAUGACAUUUUCCAUAUAAAAAUGGGUAACUGCAAAAGUUCCCUGCUGCUUUUCUCAUUGUGAUGGCUUACAUCCUGAAUGUUUGUGACAAGUGGUGUCAUGUUCUAUCAUUGACAAGGCUUUCUGCAUUUGGUCAGUUCAUGUUUCCUUUAUUUACACUUCAUGUAUUCUUCAGAAAUAUUUUUCUGAUAAGUAGCCCUCUGGCCAGAAGUUAUUCAUGCUCAUGUCCUGCAGGUUAGAUUUUAGACUAGUUUGUCUUGGUCCUUAUUGGGCUGCUUGGCCAGAACAAUUCUGAAUCCCCUGAUAAACAUAAUUUCUAAUACAGUGUAUCAGAAUUGGUAUGUUUUAAAAGUGCAUUAAAGUCACAGUCUGGCAGUUCAGCACAUAGAAUAAAGCACUUCGGUUAUAUGGGUCCUGGAAUUACAAAAAAGGAAAACAAUAAGAGUGCCCUACUUCCGACAAACGGGAAUACUCCGAGAUGCAUCAGUCUUAGGCUUUGUAAAUAUAGAUCCUUAUUUUCACACAGUCAGUCUCACCGUUCUGUGACUUGCAGUUAAAAGUCUCCGAAUUUAAAACUAUUACCUGGAUAAAUGCUGUAAACUGCUAGUGAGCUGCAUGCAACAGAGAAGGGAAUAAUUCCCUCUGUCUCUAUCUGCAAACUUUGUGAUCGUAAGCAAGUGAUGUAACUCGAGUCAGCUUGUCUUAUAUUACAAAACAGAAGAAAUUCAGACAAUCAAAGAAAAAGCUAAUUAAACUACACCAAACUUCUCAGGAUUAUUAUUUAGCAACCUUAUUGGCUAUUUUUUGUUAUCAUUACAUCUGCAUAGCUGAAUCCCAACAGUGUAGUCUUACUUUCUGAUUCUUUGGCAGAUAAUGAAUUAAUGAGUGAAUAAAUAAAUAAAUAAAUAUAGAGCAGCAUGUUUACUUUCUUCUGGGGUUGUAUAGUUCUCAGUUAUUACCUGUAGAGAUCAGAACAGGACUGCAGAUUCCAGUCAGUCUUACUCUGCCUAUGCCUGUUCUGUCGCCUUGUGCUUGAUGCAGUAGGCAUUGAGAUGUUGCAACACCUGUCAUCCCCUAUACUUGCAUCCCUUAUAGUGACCUUGUAGACCUACUUAUGUCCGCAGAUUUAAAAAGAUUAGGAUUGUAGCAAAUAGGCAGCGUGGUCCCCUCAGAAAAUCUAAACUGGCCUUCGCUGCUCGUCCUCCACAUUCUCACCAGCCAGUGCCUGAGCAACUGUCUUCCUUUAAUAGGUCUGAAUAGUCUUUGGUGAAAGUCCACUCAUUAAUCAUGUUUGUCAUAAAACCAUAAGAUGGCUCCGUGGUUUAGAGAGAUGAAGCCUGGAUAUGCCCCAGACUGCCUGAGUUUGAUUAACGACCUGGGUGUUUGAUUAACUACCUGGGUGUUUGAUUAAUGACCGACCUGGGUGUUUGAGGAAUGACCUGGGUGUUUGAGGAAUGACCUGGGUGUUUGAGGAAUGACCUGGGUGUUUGAUUAACGACCUGGGUGUUUGAGGAAUGAGCUCACUAGGGAUGAGAGAGAAAUUUUGAGGUUCCUCACCUCUUCCUUCCAGGGGAAAGUUGGGAUUCUGUGUUUCCUGGAAUGUGUAUUCUUCCAGCAUUCCAUGAUGGAGACCUGAGAUUGAUGAGGGCAUCUGCCUUCUAAUUAGUUAUAGAAGGGUAGCCUUACUCAUUGAGAUGCAUCCUCACAUUGCCUCAUUGCAUGGCGAUCACUUGGGACCUUGCAACCAUGUGUAGGGACCACUAGAUCUUGUGAGACCAAAGAAGAACUCCUUUGAUAAAGGCCAGAAAUGGCUGUGCUUUCACCCCAUAAACAAAAAAGAGAAACGAGUGGGUGAUUGUGUCCACAGUGUUGGCUUGAUCAGCAUAAGGCAUGGAAGAGACAAAAAAUUUUCAAAAAUAUAUUUUAGACUCCUAAAAAUAUUCUGCAGUUGAAGUCUGUUUGUAACAAAUCCUGUUUCCUCCCUUAACUUUAAUAUUGCUUAGUAAAAAUCUAUUUCAUUCUAUUUGAUGCCACAGUCAUCAGUGACUUUUCUGUGAUACAUCUUUAUGGUUGCAGCUGUACCAGCUACACGGGUAUCAGAUGAUGAUGUUAGGAUUUCUGUCUGGAAUAAUUAUCUUUCUAUACACAUGACAUUAUAGUGUAUUUUUUUAUUAUUUAUUCUUUUUUGCUGAAUAGUGUAUUGCUUUUACAUUUUUAUUAUUCAAACAAAACGUUUGAGAUGAAAUCUGGCUUCGUCAUAAGAUUCCAGCAGAAAUAGUGAAAGCGACCAAAGUUUAAGAACUUACCUUCAUUUUUAUUAAAGCAACCUCUUGGCUGAAUAUUUUCAGCAUUUUGUUAUCAAAUUCGUGGUAUAGGUGUUUCUUUAGACCAUGGAAUGAAAGUGGGAAUUUUUUUUUGUCAGCUUUAGACAGCUUUGUUUUUCAGCCCUCAAAUAUGUAUUGCAUUUGCUUUGUAACAUUCCAAAUUUAAUAUAAAGUGCACCUAUUUUCAUUGGUAAGCAGAUUUCUAAAAAUUGUGUUGAAAUUUUGAGCCAAAAAUGCUGAAAGGUACAGAAUUUAUAAGCUUGGAUUUAUUUAAGGUUUUGAACACUAUCUUGUGACUUAAAAUUUCAGUGUUUUGAUAACAAGUUGAUAACUAUAACUUUAUACCACAUCAUGAAGCAAAUAAUUGUGCUUAUGGGAUAGUGCCUUUUUAUAAAAUUAAUAUGCUAAAACUUUGAAAGGGAGGCAUUAAAAACUGCUAAAACAGUAAGCGUACAUUUAUUUUUGUAAUACAGCUUGCUUUUAUUUUUUCCCUUCCUCCGCAGGAACACUACUAGAUGGUUGCACUACCUGUAUUCAGUUAAUCCACAUUCAUUCCAUGGAAUGGGAGCUGGCCAUCCCUGUGCUAGGUGAAAGCCCUGUGGCCAAUUUUCUCCCAUCACAGAAGCCUUAAUAGCCCAUCUAUUCCCUCAGCAGAAAGAGUCAAGUGGUAAGAAUCAGGCCAGCUUUUAAGUCUUGUAGAGCAGAUUACCCUUCCCUUCCCACAUGUAAGCUGCUUGUGGACUCAAAAUUGCUAUCUUAUCAGAGAAAGGAAGGAUAUGUGCUACAACAUACAUUUCCUGUUUCCCUAGCUCAUUGGGAAAGUGCUUGUCCACAUAGCACAAGCCAUCGAGGCCAGGCAGCCCUAUCCUUGUAGCAGAUUAACUCAAUAACACUAGAGUUGUGCACACUGAAUGUUGUCAUUGUAGCACUGUACCUUAGGCAGUUUGUACAGUUAUGAUUCCAGUAUUUAGUAUCUUACUUAUUGAAAGUAAGCUUUUUUUUUCAUUUUGACAUAUAAGGCCAAUUUUUCUUGAUGUCUACAUUAUACCACAAAAAUGCUGUUGAAAAAUGCAUGGUUUGUAUCAUGAUGUAUCUGAAAAAAUAAUCCAUUCAGAAAAUGGUAAUAUUUGCAGUCCAGGUGUACAUUUGGAGUUGACAUGUUUGUUUACCUAUGCAAUAUGAUCCCUUAAGGGGAAGAAGAUGCUCAUUCUUAUCAAUAUUUAGAUAUAGUGAGCAGUGCUUUAACUUUGGACCCUUUUCACUUGGAAGCCAUUUCUAAGUGAGAAUAUCGUGUUUUGACCUGCUGCAAGAGAUUGUCGAGUGUGUACUUGCAAUAUAAGUUAAAAUACAGCUAUGUAGUGCCAUGAAUAAUGAGUUGUAAUUCAGUCUAUUAACCAUGAAUGAUUUACAGCUUUAUAACAUUGUGUGAAAUUACAGAUAACUGGUAUAUCCUAAAAUGUCCAACAAGAGUCCCUGAUCUUUCCCAGAUAUAGUGUUUAAAUGUGGUGUCUGCAGUAUUUCUGCAUUUAUGUAAUUAUCUACAAGAAAGAAACAUUGCACAGGUCCCUUGUAUUAAAAAGAAUUGCACUCUUAUUUUCUGUCAUGCAUUUCACUGUCUAGCUAUUUCCACACCCUUUAGAUUAUUUCAUCACCACCACUUAAAAAAAACAUUGCUCUUCAGAUUCUGUUUGCAUAGUUGAUCAUCAUCGGUCAUACUCUUGACUUUUGUUUUGUUAGUGAUUUUCUAGAUUUAUUCUAUUAAGGUCAUCAUACUUGAUUAACAUUAUAAUGUGCAGCCAAUGUACUUUUAGUUGCUGGCCCUCUAACAGCUCUUGACGAUCAGAUUAAUAUAGUGGUUGUUCUAGGAUUAGCUUUAACAUGACUUAAAGAAACAUUCCACAUGAAAUGUGUCUAACAGUUGUUCACUGGUUAAGGUGUCAGCCCCACAACUACAAGAUAUGAUGUUCAGUCCUGACCUCCUCUCACUGUUUGUGAUGCUUGCAUUUUUUUGCUCAUGUUUUCUUGGAUUCUUCUGUUUCAUCCCCUAAAAAAAUCCUGAUUGAUUGAGUGGCUACUCUAACUUUUCCAUAAUGUAAUACAUUUACCUUUAGACACGUAUUGUAGGUAAAAAGGACAAAGAAGGAGCAGUUCACUCACUUGAAUUCUUAACAAGCACACUAAAAAUACUUUCUUAUUUUUUAAGCAAAUGCAUUAGAUUACUUAUUGUGCAUAAGUGAUUCUGUAAUACAGUAUUUUUUUUUCUUUUUCCAGGAGGAAGUCAUCAAAGGAUUAGUAUAACUGACUUUAACUGUAACAUAGAGACAAAAUAAUAUAUAAUAAUCGAAAUAGCUUUCGUUCUAUUUUGGGACAUACAGUAGCCCAUUUUGUGAUAAAGCCUAAUGCAGAGAGAAGCCUUCAGAACUAUUUGAAAACUAAUAGUAACACACCAAGAUGGGGUUUUAGCAUGACCCUAACAGUAUUACUUAAAAAUAUUCUGUUUUUGAUAUUUUGUUUAAAAUAGUCUUACACCUGACAAACGUAGUGAUUUACUUAUUUCAUGAAUUACUACUUUCCGUUUGUGUGUGUGUGUGUGUGUGUGUGUGUGUGUGUGUGUGUGUGUGUGUGUGUGUGUGUGUGUGUGUGUGCGCUAACUAUUAAGGAUAAAGUUGAUUUACUCUUUCCAUACUAGGUGUGUGUGUGUGUGUGUGUGUG